AUGUAUUAUUUAAGAUCGGCAUUACAAUACCUCGGACUCCAAAAUACUUCUGAAAAAGUUUAUAAUGUAGACGAGACGCUAUCAAAGAAAAACGAUGAUUUUAUUGAAAACAAUCACAGAAAACUAAUGUCACUUGCGGAUACAUUGUAUAAUUUUGGGUUAGUAGGAGGUGGAGUUGAAAAAGAAGUAUUUAAACAAAAGUGUAUUGAGCUAGCUUCGCUUUUUAUUUUGUCUUUAAGAUGUUACCCUCAAACAAGAGAAUGCGAUGAAGAAAUGGCUGUUCUUUAUAUGCUAACCUGCCUAAACUACAAUAUUAAAGACCUUUUUGAUGAUGAGUUCAUGAAAAGAUGAUCAGAAUGAAGCUUUGGAGAUUUUGAAAUAAUGUUUUACAGAAAAUCAGCAGUAUAUACAGUUAGUAGACUUAUUAGAGGAGAAACUCCCGUUUUUUUGGAAGCAGAAUUAAAAGAAAGAAAUUCUAUUGAUUUUAAAACUUAUAUAGAUUCUUAUGGCAAUAGAUUCCCCUCUGACAAUAAUUUACUUGAUAUUAAUUAA